CUCCACCAUAUCACACCACAUUUGUUAUUUAUAACGGAGCUAACAUAAAGUACCCCUUGUCGUACUCGUAAAUUAUUUAUGUUCGAUGUUCUGCCACAGUUUUUCUUUAUUUUUAUGCUUUAUCGUAUCUGUGCAUCUUAUUAUUGGUUUUUCUUGAUAUAUUUUCAAUCACGAAAGAGUCAUCAUGUUUCAAAAAUUUAUGAACAAGAAGGAUUUCCAUCCCGGAUCAAAAUGGAAUAUAAAGAGGGUAUGGAUGGCAGAGCAGAAAAAAGCAGCAGAUGAACACAAACAGGCAGAACUUACUGAGCAAUAUAAGAAAGAGCAAGACAAAUUUGAGAACAGGCAAUUAGUGAGCAAAGAUGAAAAACUAAAACUUGGACUCAGCUUUGUGUAUGAUGCUCCACCGGGAUUUAAAGACAAAAAAAAGGAAGGUGAGGAAUUGUCAAAACCAAAGGAGGAAGAAGAAGUAAAGUUUGAAUGGUUGAAAGGAGCUCCAAAAGAAGGGUACACAAAAGAUCUCAAUCUUGAAACUCAUGCUCAACCGUUUGGAAUUCCUGUACGAAAUGUUAGAUGUAUAAAAUGUCACAAAUGGGGUCACGUUAAUACUGAUCGAGAGUGUCCCUUGUACAACAAAUCUAUCAGUACAGAACCGUCCUCUCUCACAGAUGCUAAUAUCAGUGAUCCGGUGAAGUUAAUGCAAGAGAUGAGGAACGAUGGUUUUGCUUUAAAACAAAAUGCUCUUGGUCGGGUACUCAAUAAAAACGACCCCAACCAGCAAAUCCUUGCAUCUGAUGAAGACGAUGCUGACGAUGAUCCAGAGCUAGCGUUCCUGGCGACUUUAAACGAAAAACAAAAACGAAAGCUACUGAGGAAACUGGACAAACUUGAGAGCAAGGAGCAGGAAAAAGAAAAACGCAAAAGUAAGAAGAAGAGGAAACAUUCCGACUCUGAAAGUGAAAAAGACAGCAAGUCCAAACGCAGGAAAAAAAGGAAGCAAGAUUUAUCCCGAAGCGAAAGUAGUGAUGAUGGACAUUCAAAAAAGAAGAAAAGAAAACAAGAGAAAAAUAAACGGGAUAAAACAGAGAAGGACAGAAGAGACAAUAGAUCUGUUUCUAAUAAAUAUCAAGAAGAUCGAUCACACAAGAAGAGAUGACACAUCUGACGAUCUUACCUGGGGUUUCUGUCUGCACCAUGCACACUAUGACGUAUAUUGCCCCUCAACUAGCUGAAGAUACACCCUCGCUAUAUGGUGUAUAUGAUGAUGGAAACGAAUCUUCUCGUUUACCACGUUGGUAGUCGACCUAUAUACAGCUGGAGUGCUGUUAAAAUUGUGACAAUCGUGACAAUGAUUACAUAGCAUAUUCCAAAGACUGCAAAGUGGAGUUUUGCAGAACCGCGUAUAAAUAGAUUCUGCUAUUCGCAGGCUAGGAGAUUGCUCGCCAUUUCAAUAUGUUUUAAACCAGAUGUACAUCACCAUGCAUCCUCAAUGAAAUAUUUCAUUCUC